AUUCUUCCCUCCUCCCUACUCCCUCUCUCUAUCCCUCCCUCUCCCUCGUUCUGGCUCUGUUGCCAAGGCUACCAUAUAGCCUCUUGCUGCAUAUACCUAGACGAGGCUGUCGCUUGUGGAUCUUUCACUCUCCUCCAGGAAACAAACAAAAGAAAACCCGUCACAUACACUCUCUCUCUCUCUCUCUCUCUCUCACACACACACACACACUGAUAAAGGAAAAAAGUAUUUUCAGAUUGCGUUGUGUCAAAGGGUUGAGCUGAGAGGGAGGAAGGAUGGUAAUGUGAAGAGAAACACACCCAGGACUGAUUCAUACAGCAUGGCCAACAACUGGUGGUUGCCACAGGAUACAGAAUUUGACUAGAUCAUGUGAUCUGUCUUCCUUCCUGUACCCUUAGACCUUCCAGAGGGGCAUCAUGACCAGACGACUGAGCAGCUCGACCCGUUCCCAGACGGAGGACUCUGUCUUCCUAAAGCCAGACGAAGACCCCAUAUGGCUGGAUGACCCUCCAACGACAGACGGCGACCUCUCUCAACCAGGAGAUGGCCCCCCGGGCCUUGAUGAACCCCCAGGACCAGGGGCAGGUCCCCCAGGGCCCCAGAGACACCCAGAGGAACUGUGGAGGGACAAGUUGUACACCAUUGUCAUGGGGAUGCACUGGUGUGCCGUGUUCUGCACAAUUUCCCAAAUCACGGGUUAUUGGGCCUUCUUCGUGGUGGAUGGGAAUGGGCUUUUCUCAGCCUUCUACAAAUCCCUGCAGCUCCUAGACUUCUACCUGGGCGUCCUCCUAUCAUUCAACCCUGUGUUUGGAGUGGACUCCCUGUGCGUGAUGGUGGAGGUGGAGAAAACCAAUAAUUACUGGAUCCUCCAGGCCACCGAAGGCAUUGGCAUGGCUAUCAUUGUCUUCAUGAUCAUCCGCACUGUGUGUAAGUUGGCGUACGGUGAUGCAUGGUGGUCAGCGGCGAUGGUGGCUGACCAUGGGGACAGACGUCAGUCGGUGAGUCGCCAGCCUUCCUUCACCCUGUCGGAGUGGACAGACGCCCAAGAGGACCUGAUGGACCUGGAAGCUGAACCCCAGACCCCUGUCUUUGACCUGAGCCUGGACACCAGGACAGAGGGGGACAUCACCACCCUCUCUGUUACACCUGUGGGCCUGCAGGAGAGGAGGGGCUCCAACGUCUCUCUGACCCUGGACAUGUGUUCUCCUGGCUGUACGGAGCCCUAUGGCUACGGAGCCCAGCUCUCCCCCAGAGACCAGACUGCCAAGGAGUACCUGAGGGAGGGAACAAACACUCUCACCCCUAGCCAGCUCCACACACGCGCUAUAGACGACCAGGCCCUACAGGCUGAGUUCUAUGAAACUCCCAUGAACUUUGUGGACCCAAAGGAGUAUAACUACCCGGGCCUGGUGAGAAAGAACCGCUACAAGACCAUCCUCCCCAACGCACACAGCAGAGUGAUACUCCGGACAACAGAUGAAGAUGAGUUCCUCAGUACCUACAUCAACGCUAACUACCUACAGGGUUACGGGGGUGAGGAGCGGGCGUACAUCGCUACCCAAGGUCCUACAGUGAACACAGUGGGAGACUUCUGGAGGAUGGUGUGGCAGGAACGCUGUCCCAUCAUCGUCAUGAUCACUAACCUAGAGGAGAAGAAUGAGAAAUGUGCAGAGUACUGGCCUGAGGACUCUGUGACCCACGAGGGCAUCGAGAUCAAGGUUGUCACGGUAACCCAGGAGGACGACUACAGCCUGAGGGUCUUCACUCUGAAGUUUGAUGGAGAGGAGCGCAGCCUCAGGCAGUACUGGUACACCUCCUGGCCUGACCAGAAGACCCCAGACAAAGCCCCGCCCCUCCUGGAGCUGGUAGAGGAAGUGGAGCAGGCCAGAGCGGAAGCUCCGCCCACCAGCGGCCCUGUCAUCGUCCACUGCAGUGCUGGGAUAGGUCGGACUGGCUGUUUCAUCGCCACCUCCAUCCUGUGUAAACAGCUGAGGAGUGAGGGCGUGGUCGACAUCCUGAGGACCACCUGCCAGCUCCGCCUCGACAGAGGCGGGAUGAUCCAGACGGGUGAGCAGUACCAGUUUGUUCACCACGUCCUCAGCCUCUACGAGAAGCAGCUGUCCCACAUUGUAGAGGAGUAGAGACACACCACUGUACACUAUACCUACUGUACUGUACACUGUACCUACUGUACACUGUACCUACUGUAUUGUACACUGUACCUACUGUACUGUACACUGUACCUACUGUAUUGUACACUGUACCUACUGAAAAACGUUACCUACUGUAUUGUACAAUGUACCUACUGUAUUGUACAAUGUACCUACUGUACACUGUACCUACUGUAUUGUACACUGUAUCUACUGUAUUGUACAAUGUACCUAAUGCACUGUACACUGUACCUACUGUACACUGUACCUGCUGUAUUGUACACUGUACCUACUGUAUUGUACAAUGUACCUACUGUAUUGUACAAUGUACCUACUGUACUGUACACUGUACCUACUGUAUUGUACACUGUACCGACUGUACUGUACACUGUACCGACUGUAUUGUACACUGUACACUGUACCUACUGUAUUGUACACUGUAUCUACUGUAUUGUACAAUGUACCUACUGCACUGUACACUGUACCUACUGUACACUGUACCUGCUGUAUUGUACACUGUACCUACUGUAUUGUACAAUGUACCUACUGUAUUGUACAAUGUACCUACUGUACACUGUACCUACUGUAUUGCACAAUGUACCUACUGUACUGUACACUGCACCUACUGUAUUGUACACUGUACCGACUGUACUGUACACUGUACCGACUGUAUUGUACACUGUACACUGUACCUACUGUAUUGUACACUGUACCUACUGUACACUGUACCUACUGUACUGUGCACUGUACCUACUGUACUGUGCACUGUACCUACUGUAGUGUACCUACUGUAUUGUACACUGUACCUACUGUACUGUACACUGUACCUACUGUACUGUACACCCAUCUCAAUGUCACCCUUUAACAAACACAACCACAAAAACAAUAACAGACUAUGUCAGCCUCAUCCAGCCCCCUUCCAUUUCAGAGGCCCACGUACGAGAAGCCCAAUCUUGAUUUAAGUUCCUUAAUUCUGCAAGAAUUUGACUGAUUUGCUUUGCAGACCAUGCUCUAAAAGUAGCAAUGACUACAUGUAUGUCUGGCCCCACUUCUAACGCAAACAUUUGUUGUCACACUUGGCAGAGGUCUGUCCAGUAGGAUAUUUUAUAAGAUAUGUCCCAUCAAGUGCCAUUUUAGAUUAUUCACAGACAUCUCCAGAUAAGAAAAAAGUCCAGCCUAUAUUCACAGUGUUGUAAAACAAUCUCACAGUGAGGGAUCACACGUUCGUCUGAAACGUAAAGCGCCAACUAGCUUUUCUCUCCUGUUACAACAAAACCAUCUCCUUAUGAGCAAAAGACGUAGAAAAUGUAAAUGUUCAAGGUCUUGCGCUCACUGGGCCUCUUCAAAUAAACACAGUGCAGCAGGCCUUUCAAAACUCCUGGUGCUUUUCAGGAGCCACCUCAUCUUCAGGUUGCAUGGUGCUCCGUGUUCAUUACCAUUGACUGAGGCAUGUACCAUAGAUCUCUACGGAACCCCGGAGGAAUGGAACCGUUAGGUAACUAGGCAUUGUGUGCAGUCUCUUCAGUAUUACCGUACGUAUGUGUAGUCAGUCAGUCAUCAUGAUCUCCAUGGUAUUCAUCAGACAUCAUAGCCUCAUAGACUUUCACCAGCGUUGUCAGGUGAUCACCGAGACUUGAUGGGGGGGGGGGGAACGUGUGCAUGUCUCAACUUCUGGGUUCAUACAUGAGAAGUAACGACUGGCACAUACAGUAGCAUAGGAAUCCAGAGAUAGAGGUGCAGAUCUACUAGUGAAACGUGCACCUGUUACUUUUUUCGCGGGAGUCAAAUAGCCUGGGUGCCAGUCUGUUUCGGCUUGCUUGCCAACUCCUUAUGGUAAUGUCAUGUUUUGUCGAUUCAAAUAUAGUCCGCAAAAGCAACAACAACAAAAACAGAUCUGAGACCAGGCUAGGAGAUAAACAUGAAAGUGCAAAAGGGUACAAAUGUAAAAGUUGCAAGAAGAAACAAAACCUCUAAACUGGAGGUGAUGGUUUAGCUUUCCUUUUUACUUUAUUAUUCCCCUCUAACAAAGGAUGCAGGUGUUAAUGAUGGGUAAACCUGACCCUCCAGACCCUGCCCAUCAGGGCCCUCUCAGUGGUGUUGGGCUGAUGACACCUCUGCUAUCAACAGUACCCUGAACACGUGCGUGACGUUAGCAGCCCAUGAUUGUUGUAUAGAUAGGCCAAGCCUACUCCGUAUAAAGCACAAUAGACCCACUAUGGUUGUCUCUCUGAUGUUCAGCUGUAUAAUGUUCAUUUCUGUGUCGUGUUUUGACUGUGUUGACUUAAAUGGAUUGCAUGUGCUGUAUGGGACUCUCAUAUGUCCGUAAUCAAAGCGAAGUGAUUGGUUGUCCAGCUUUCUGUUGUAUAAGGGUUCUCCAAUUAUCUUGCUUGCUCUCUGCCAAUGCUUUUGAUACAGUUUGCUUUUGUGAAACCAACCAGAGAUAUUUUUAGAAAGUUUUUAUACAAUCCUUUCGAGUAGAUGCCUUGUGUAUAUUUUCCAUUUACACCACAAUGGAAUGUAGCUCAUACUGUGGUCAAACCAUUGGUUUAUAUCGCAAGAUUUGACAGAAAAAAAUGUGACAACUACCCAAGUUACCUUACAACAAAAACCAUUGAUUGUUUUGUCUUCAGUAUGACUUUAAUGCCUCUAGGCUUUGCUUCAAUAUGCUUUGCUUCGUGUGUCUUGAGGUUUUUUCUUGUUUUCUUUUAGAGUUUUACCCCAGACCCAGUUUUUAUACAGUCCUCACACAUUCCCCAUCUGUGGUUUCAAUUGAAUUCAAUCACAUAUAAAGGGAAACCACAGUAUGGGUUCACUCUAAAUGUUUAUGCCAAUGUCUAUGACGAACAGCUUCCAGCCAGGACUGAAAUGUGGUUGACACCUCCGAUACUUAACAUUGACCGACAAUGGUUUCCCCUUGGCGCGAAAUUGAUUGCGUUGUGGCCUGUGACUCCAGGCCAGACUGACUUCACAACAACAUGAGAAAUGUGAGCUACGUGACAGCAAAAACAGCGAUUAAGAGUUGUAUGGAAGAAACCUCUAGCAACUUUCAUCUUGAUUGAAUGAAACUGGUCAAUUACAGCGAACACCCACCAGGAGACAAUGUCACUGGUAUGUUUUAAAGGGUACCUCACAAAGUAAAAAUGAGCAGCAGUAUUUCAUCCUCUGAUUGAAACUGCCGUGAAAUGUUGAGUUUUGCAGAUGGAAGAGAGCUGAAGUGGAACCGCUAGAAACUUGGGGAAGUUGGAAUUCAACGAUGAAAUCCUUUCCUGAUAACGCUCGUUGCAAUUGAUCCAACCGCUUUAUUUCGAGUGCUUGUUGUCUGUGCUACCAGGUCUUAUCCUGGUGAUCCUAGUGAGGGAGAAGAUAAUUGAAAUAGCCAACCCAGUGAACAAAAUUGGUUGAAGAUACUUUGAAUGUGUCUUUUUGGUUGAAAAGAUGUUGAAAAGAUGUCUUCUCAAACAGUUUUGCUCACUGGGAAACUAUCAGGCGUACUCCAGCCAACCAGCAAACAGCCUACUCUCCUCUGCUACUACAGUAUUGCUUUUAAAUUGUGAGUUUUUGCAUCCAAAUAAAAGUAGAUUUUCAUGAA